AUGGCGCUCACCGGUGCAUCUAAUGGCGGCGUCUGCUCCUUGAAGCACCAACUGACAGACGACCUGCAACAUACACAAUGGGAUAUAGGCCUCUGCUGCCCGUCCGCCGAGUGCCAAAGCGACGCCCAACAGCGCGUUGCUCACCGGCGCGGCGCGUGGCGCGUGGCGCGCGGCGCGUGGCGCGUGGCGCGUCGGCGCACGCGCCUAGGAGAUGACGCAGGAGUUGCGCUUGGAGCCCGAAUGGCGCUCGCGGAUCUGUUGCAGGUGCUGCAGCUGCGCGGGCGACGGGAUGUGCGGCCCGGCGCCGCCCGGGCCCUCCGAGAUGGAGUGGCGCGGGAGCGACUGGCGCCGGCGCUUGCGCAGCGCCGGGCUCAGGUUGUACUUCACCUUCGCCUGCGUCAGCAGCUCCUUGAACACCUGCAACCGCACACACCCGUAACUCCCCCGCGACAAAACGGCCGCUGGCACCACUCGAAAAAGAUCAACGCGUUUCAAGUGCUACGUGGGGGCGCUGCGGCGCGCUGCUUCCGUCGCUGGCUGCGCCGAGGCCCUCGGGACGAAAAAGCCGAGACGCCGAGAGAAGGCUCCGAAUCCAACAAGACGGAUCGUGUACGAGACGCUUGUACCAUCAGUGGAAUUCCGAGUCAACACACACAGCGCCCCAGCGGCGAUUCUGCGGUCGCCUCGCCUCGCCUCGCCGCGCCAGCGGUCUCCAAUGAACGGCCAGCCCCGCUGAGACAUCGCCAGGGCGCGGCGUUGCCACACCUCUCGCUGACCCUGCGCUAUACAGCGCCUCCAGUGAUUAAUUACUGCAUCGGACAUGCCGUCGGUAGCCCUCAAUGUUCACCCGGGUCUCUGAAUACAUUUGCUGGGGAAUAUGGCCGACUUUACGUGACGGCCCUGACGUGCGGGGGCACAGGUCGAUUUGGCGUUCGUGUUCGGAAAUAUAACGUUGUUGCAGUGACUUUUUGGUUUCAUAAUUAUAAUGACACAAGAAAUAACACUGAAGAACGACGUUCCAUUGUUCCUGUGUUUUAA